ACCAUGGAGCUGAAAUGGCUACUGUGUGUGACCCUGCUGGCUCUGGGGACUCUUGCUGUCCAGGCACAUGAUAUGGAUGAUGAAAAUGAUGGUGAUGAUGUAGUUGAUAUUGAGGAUGACUUGGAUAAUGGCAUUGAGGAGGCAGAAGAGUCAAAGCCUGAAACAAGCACUCCUCCUCCAACUCCAAAGGUUACCUACCGGCCCCCAGUCCCAACUGGUGAGGUGUAUUUUGCAGAAUCAUUUGAUAAAGGGACUCUGGAUGGAUGGAUCCUUUCCAGAGCCAAAAAAGAUGAUACAGAUGAUGAGAUUGCCAAAUACGAUGGUAAAUGGGAAGUCCAAGACAUGAAGGACACUAAGCUUCCAGGAGACAAAGGGCUUGUGUUGGUAACCCGAGCCAAGCAUCAUGCAAUUUCAUCCAAGCUCUCAAAGCCUUUUGUAUUUGAUACCAAACCCCUUAUUAUACAGUAUGAAGUAAAUUUCCAAAAUGGAAUAGAGUGUGGUGGUGCCUAUGUGAAAUUGCUUUCAAAAACCCCUGAACUGAACCUGGACCAGUUCCAUGACAAAACUCCAUAUACAAUCAUGUUUGGCCCUGACAAAUGUGGAGAGGACUAUAAAUUGCACUUCAUCUUCCGGCACAAAAAUCCAAAGACUGGCAAAUAUGAGGAGAAGCAUGCAAAGCGUCCAGAUGCAGACCUGAAGACUUACUUUACUGAUAAGAAGACCCAUCUUUAUACUCUGGUCUUGAAUCCUGAUAAUAGUUUUGAAAUACUGGUUGAUCAAACGGUUGUCAACAGUGGGAAUUUGCUAAAUGAUAUGACACCUCCUGUGAAUCCACCCCGAGAGAUUGAGGACCCGAAUGACCAGAAGCCUGAGGACUGGGAUGAGAGACCAAAAAUCCCAGACCCAGAUGCUGUUAAACCAGAUGACUGGGAUGAGGAUGCUCCUGCAAAGAUAGCAGAUGAAAAUGCUGUGAAACCAGAGGGCUGGCUGGAUGAUGAGCCAGAAUACGUAGCAGACCCUGAUGCGGAGAAGCCUGAAGAUUGGGAUGAAGAUAUGGAUGGUGAAUGGGAGGCACCUCAGAUUGCAAAUCCUAAAUGUGAGGCAGCCCCUGGCUGCGGUACCUGGCAGCGACCAAUGAUUGACAAUCCAAACUACAAAGGCAAAUGGAAACCUCCUAUGAUUGAUAACGUGAACUAUCAGGGUAUAUGGAAACCUAGAAAGAUCCCAAACCCAGAUUUCUUUGAG